AUGCGGUUCUUUUGGCUCUCCUCAUUGCUCAUCACUGCCGCAAUUGCAGCUCCGUUGACGCCAGAACAAAUGGGCUGCCCUAAAGAUGGUGGACUCUGCACAAAUCCCAAUGGUUACACGGAGGAUCAACUUGCGGAAAUAGCCACCACCGGUCAAAUUAUACGCAUUGCGAAAGAGACAGGUACUAGCAUUCGUGACCUCUGUGCUCAACUUUACAAGGAUAAAGAAUUGGAGAAAUUGAAGGCGGACCUUCCAGCCCUUGUCUCCCUAUGCAAAUGA